AUGUCACGAGCACAGGUAGCAGCGACGGAUGUGCAAGACGCGGACACAGUGUUGGUCGACAAUAUCAACAAGGUUUCGGACAUAAUGGUGGACGCAAAGCCGGUUGCUUCAGCGAACACAGAGGAACCCGUGGUGACUCGGAGGGAGCUUUGGAGUUACUACCUGUACUGCAACGCAGCAACAAACGGAGUCGGACCUUUGAUCUACUACUUGAUUCUCUUCCAGGGCUUCGCCACUUCCGCCGGCUGGGACCCUUCUCAAGGCCCUGGGUCUACAUGCGCAAACUCUGGGCAAUGUGUCCUUCCUUGGGGUAGUGGCACCAAGUCCGUCAGCUCCAUUGUGCUCGUCGCAAAUGGCAUCAGUUUUGCGAUCAUGACUGUCCUAUUCACGUCAAUCGGCCCAAUAGCCGACUACGGCACAGUUGGACGCUGGCUGCUGCUCGUUGUCACCAUUAUCUUUUGGGGUUCCCAGUUCGCCAGCAUGGCUCUUACGAAACCCUCACGCUGGGAGGCUGUGAUGGUCCUUUACAUAGUUUCCUACGUUUCGUACGGCGCGAUUCUCGUUUUCGCAGCAGCUGUGUUCCCGCGGCUGGUGCGCAACACUCCACAUGCUCGCCGCGUGCGAGAGAAGUUAGACAACCAGGAGAUCACCGGGGAGCAAAGCGAGCUUGAAGAAAGCCUAGAGAAGAAUCGGAUCAGCAAUAUUAGCGUGUGGCACAGCUUCGUUGGAACCAUCCCUAUGCUAUGCCUGGACUUGGCGAUUUUGUUACCACUCGCAAAUAACGUUCUGGUCGAUAGCUACACGAUAGUUCUCACGAACGUGUACUCAGUGCUCCUCGGCGUAUGGUGGUUCAUCUUCCAACAGCCCCGCCCCGGACCUCCGCUUCCUAAAGGCGAGCACUACCUGACUAUUGGCUGGAAGCAGAUCUGGAUCGUCCUGAAGCAAUGGAGGAAGCUGCCAUAUACCUUCGUCUAUCUCUUCGCCUUCUUCCUGCUCUCCGAUGGAAUGAACACCACUGGCACGCUCGUCACUAUCUGUCAAAACGAUCAAGUCCAGUUCUCGUUUUUGCAGAGCACGUAUCUUACCCUUGCGCAAGCCGUCGCAGCCACUGCCGGCAUACUCGGUUUCUGGUGGAUUCAAAAAUACUGGAAGAUUUCUACGAAGAAGAUGUUUGCGGUCACGAACGUCUUCACCGUCCUAAUCCCAUUGUGGGGUAUGAUCGGCCUGUGGACAACGAAUUUUGGUUUCCGCCAAACUUGGGAGUUCUGGGCGUACAAUGUGGUCUUCGGUCUGUUUCAAGGCCCAUACUACUCCUACGCGCAAACCAUGAUGGCAGAACUCGCGCCGCCUGGCUUCGACAACAUGUUCUUCGGAUUGUUUGGGCUGUCGAACCGCGCGUCGUCAUUGAUCGGGCCGAAUGUCAUCCAAGCCAUCAUCAAUGAGACGCAGAACAACUGGAAGGGCUUCCCGUUCCUCUUCGCUUUGUGCGCCGCUGCAUGUUUGGUCAUCUGGCUUGGUGUAGAUGUGGUGAAGGGUCGCCGAGACGCUGUCGCGUGGGCGGAGCAGAAUCGGUCAGAUGCGGCGACGAGCACAUACGUUGAGGGCGUAUUGUCGGACUCAAGCCUGGACUCCGGGGAGAAACAAUGAGGGGGCUAGACAUUGCGAGCGUCUGAUAAGAGCUGUAGGAAUGAACAGCCAUGACUUCGCGCGAUGUUGGAGAGAAUAUGCGUGCGUUGCAAGUGGGAAAUUCCCGUGUCAUUAUCGGACGCUCAAUGCAAGACAUCGAACAAGGUAAUUUGCUAUCAGUCGGGCUUAGAGGGCUUGUCUGUGGGCCCGGGGGUAACUGUCAGGAUGUGCGCCGAAUGGCGUACUGAAGUAGCCUAGGGAGGCUCAUACUCACACGGAUCUGUUCGCUGUGGGUUGUGUGUGGGGCGUCAGGUAUUGCUGGAACGCGAAACGGUUG